UUGUUGCCAUUUAUUGCAACAAAUAUUUUACAGAAAUGUCAAUUCAUAGCUCUCCACCUUCAGUUAUUAAAGAAGUUAACAACAAAAAUGAUAACAACAAUCAUUCAACAUCCCCUUCUCCCCCUCCUUUGCCAGAACAACAAAAACAACAAUUUUCAUUUCCUCCACAUAAUUGUGCUAUCGAUAUUGUUAGUAAUCAACAAACAAUACAAAAUUCUGGCAAAAAACGUCAACACAAAAAAAUAAACGAAUUAAUCCCCAUCCGUUUUAUUAUUUUGGGAACAGCUUUAUUUUGUUUCACAAUGUUAAUUGCUAAUCCUUUGGCACUUAAUUUUACAGUUAUUUGUAUGUUUAAAGAUUUGCCAAUGUUAAGUGAUGAGGAAUUGACGUUGUUACAAAAUUCAACAGAAAAAAUAAACGAAGAAAGUAAAGAUGAAUUAUUUGAAUCUUUAUUUACUUCAAACGAGCAAAGUUGGCUAUUCUCAGCUAUAGCAAUUGGACAAUUAAUUGGCACUUUACCAAUUACAAGAAUUUAUACUCGAUUUGGUUUAAGAAAUGUAAUGGCUGCUUAUGGAUUUAUUAGUUCAUUAUCGACCCUUUUAGUUCCACCAAGCAUUUACUUGGGGGGAUUUCCUUCACUUAUGGUUUUACGAAUUUUUCAAGGAUUUGGAAUGGCAGUAAUUUGGGUAGCUCUAGGGUCAAUUAGUUCAAAUUGGUCUCCAUUAGCAAACUCUGGCAUGUUUCUUGUUGUUUUAACCUCUGCUUUCCAACUUGGUCCAAUAACUGCGAUGCCUUUGUCUGCCGAAUUCUGCUCGUCAGAAAUGUUUGGAUGGCCAGCAGUUUAUUAUUUAUUGGGAACAAUUUCUUUAAUUGUUUUUACAAUUUUUUAUUGGAUUUAUAGAGACUCGCCUAGAGAACACGAGUUCCUUUCUUCUCGGGAAUUGUCAUUUAUAGAACAUGGAAAGCCUUUAAAAGAUAUUUCUGAUGGUCGUAAGAAAAGACAUGGAAAUGAGCAGAAACAAAAAGUCCCUUAUAUGGCAAUUCUUAAAGAUACAGUCUUUUGGGGAGUUUUUCUGUGUACCGGUACUGGCAAUUUGGCAUUUCAAGUAUUCUGGCAAUUUGGGCCAAUUUAUCUAAAUAAAGCAUUAGGUAUGGAAGUAGCCAAAACAGGUAUAGCUUCAGCUUUACCUUUUGUAUUGUCGUUAAUUGGGAAAAACGUUGCUGGCCAAGCAAGUGAUCGUUUGACUUCUGUUUCUGAAAAAGCUAAAGUUAUAUUUUUUGCUAGCAUCUCUCAGUAUUUAAUGGGUGCCUGUUUUUUGGCAAUGUCUUUAUUUCCUAAAUUUGGCAUUGUUAAUGUUACUUUAAUGCAAUGUAUUUACACUGCUGCAACUGUUUUUAGUGGUCUUAAUACUGUUGGAGUAAUUAAGGGUACCCAAUUAAUGUCAGGUCAAUUCUCUCAUGUUAUAUUUUCAUGGACAACAAUCCAACUUAGUGCUAUUAUGUUAAUUCUCCCAAUGAUUAUUAAUUUGUUGACUCCGACAAAUGCUGUUGAGGAAUGGGCAGAUGUUUUCCUGGUUGUCACUGCUCUUACUUUUAUUGGAACAACAUAUUUUAAUUAUGUAAUUGAAGUUGAACCUAGAGAAUGGACUGAAACAGAAUUACAAAGUGCCAAAUCAUCUUUAAGUACAACAACAGUUCAUGGAACAACUAUUUGUGCUGAGGAAGGCAAAAAGUUGGGAUUGGAUGUUUUACAAAUUCGAUGA